AGCAGCACGCCAGUGAUUUGCCCUCCUUCCUCUUAUCCGUCUUACUACACUUACCAUUGCCAUUAUUCGUGUAUAUCUUUCGCUGACUUCCCAGCACGAUAUUCUGUACAUCACUUACACCAAGUACGUAUCUGAUCUAUUCAUCUAUUGUUUACUGUUGUUAUAAUUAUUGUUUUCGCAGUCCCGCGUACGCACAGCGAGACCACUCUACUCCGUUGUCUGUGGGUUUCUCUCCUGUCGGCGCCCACGCACCACCCACCGGGCCUCUACCACUUCACGAUCACAAUUAGUAUUACUCAGGCGGCUGCGUUUUCCCGCUGUGGUUGUUUUGCUGUUUCUAUUUUUAAAAGGGAAAAACAAGAAAGGAAAGCUUAUUUCUUUUGAAACCUCCCUCCGCGAGAAUCGCCAGCGUUGUGGUGGUGUUGGUUCUUUAAACCUCCAUUCUAACGCAAAAACACGUUCUUUAAACACUCUCGCCUCACACACACGCACACGCAUUGCAAACUCAGAUUUGGAGCUGCGUGCGGGGAGUAAUCGCGCCAUCAUCCACAUCACACAUCAUCAUCAUCACCAUCUUCUUCUGCAGCCGCUACUGUUACUGCUGCUGCUACUGCGAUCAUGCCCGCUACAACCACGCCGUCCUCCGCCAGCGUAUCCGCGGCGGAGGCGCUUAAGACUCACUUCACCGUGGACGCGACAACCGGUGAGAUGGUGUUCCCGAGCACGGCCGAGUUCCAGGCCUACGCAGAUGGCCGCAGCGCGCAGUACGACGCGGAAGCGCGUCAGCUUGGCAAAGCCAGCACACCGGCGCCAUGCGUGUACAUCUACAAGGGCUGCGUCUACGACGUCACCGAGUUCACCAACGUCCACCCGGGCGGCGGGGACAUCAUGCUGGACUACCACGGCAAGGACGUGACGGUGGUCUUCCACGACGAGUACAACUUUCACGCGCACACGAACUUGGCGCUGAACAUGCUGCUGCAGUACCGCGUUGGAAAGGUGGAGCGUGUGGAGAGCGCCAUGACGGGCCAGCACGGUGAGUUCGAGAACUACCAGCGCGAGGAGCUCACCGCCUACCCCCGCAUGACGGAGCAGGAGAUCUUCUACGCGGACUUCACCAUCCGCCGUGAUCGUGGGCUGUGCUGGCAGGCGAUGUUUUUAACGCUGCCGCAGUACAUGCACCUCAUCAACACGCCGAUCUACGUCCCCAGCUGCCGACUGUUUGACCUGGACUUCUUCGAGAUGUUCUCGCGCACCAAGUACUGGGUCGUGAUGGUGCUCUGGCUGCCACUGAGCUUCUUCUGGACGAUGCGCGGCGUGAUGCGCGACUACACGAACAUCAACCCGGAGUGGAGCAGCCGGUUUGACUCGCUUCUCUACUACCCGAACAGGAACCUUAUCUUCCACAACUACCCAACCGACAACGCCGCGCUCGCCGACGCGCAGUACCAACUCGCGGUGGAGCGCAGUCACUUCAGCUUCGUCUUCGUCGCCGCCUUCUGGCUCUUUGGCCUUUUUUUGUGGACGUUCAUGGAGUACUUCAUUCACCGCGUCGUUUUCCAUUUUGAGCGGGCCAUCCCGGCCUCGCUCUUCGACAACCCAGCGUGCAAGCUGCUGCACCUGGUCCUGCACGGCAUCCAUCACAUCAUCCCGAUGGACCCCGACCGGCUCGUCUUCCCGCCGGCGAUGUUCGUUGUGGCGAGUACAGUGAUCUACCACGCCUACAACUACCUGAUGAACGGCAGCUGCCUCGAUGUGGUGGCGGGCGGCGUGGUGUGCGGCUACGUGCUCUACGACGAAAUCCACUUCCUCAUCCACCACCUCGACCCCACCGACUUCUACUUCAAGGACUUGAAGAAGUUCCACCAUGCACACCACUACGUGGAUGAUCAGCGGGGCUACGGCAUCAGCUCUAAGUUCUGGGACUACGUCUUUGGCACGGAAUGCAAGAAGAACUAA